CGGCUAACCGGCUUCCGUACAUUAGAAAUUUCUAUAUAAACGAGUUGUUGAGGUUGGAGCUAUUUUAUUGUAUUUUAUUCACGUGCUGACUGAAGCUGACGUGCAUAAAGACUAAUCCAAGUAAGAUGAAUAUGGAGUCGACUGCAGAUUUAAGUCCUACCGAAUGGCUUGAAAAAUUAAUUGAAAUUUCGAAAAAAGAACUUGAGUUAUCAAAACAAUCCUCAGAUGAUGAUGAUAAUGAUGAAAAUUAUGAACAUGAUUAUGAGGAUUUUGAAUAUGAUAAUAAUCGUAAUCAUUACGAUGACAAUGGUGAUGAAAAUGAUGAUGAAGGUGAAGAUGAAAAUAGCAAAAACCUAAAAGCACAUUAUGAUUCGCGUAUGAUUCGCAUGGCUCCUCUAUUUAUUAGUCAACCACGACUCAAAAAAAUAUGCAAAGAUUUGGAUAACGAGUUUCUUAAUUCAUGCUUUACAACAUAUACAUUUGUUUGCGAAGAAAAUGAUUCAGCUAAUGAAUUACAUGAAAAAGCAAAUGAUCUGAAGUACCUAAUUAAUCUCUGUGGAAUUAAUUUAACUCGUCUAGAUGUAACACAUUAUCCUAUUUCUCAAAUAAUGCCGAUAAUUAAUGCUAAUUGUCCAAAUCUUGAGACCCUUCAUUCAGGGUUUGAAGAAAUAAUGAGUCAAGAUUUAAAAAAUGUUUUUUCUAAUAUGUCUCACCUUAAAACACUGUCGAUUGAAUGGCAAUGUGAAAAUUCAACUCUACCAAUGACUUUAGCCAAGUCAUUAGAACAAAUUGGUGGAACAUUGGAAACUUUAUAUCUGUCAUGUCCCUUUAAAGGAAAUGAUAUUUUCACACCAGAUUCAUUGGCUUCGGUAUUCCCUCAACUAAUUGCUUUGAAUCAUUUAGAAAUAAGUGGUUUUGGACUAAGUCAACUAUUACUCCAGUCGAUAGGUAAAAUGGAAAAGUUGGUUGAUCUAAAAUUAUACUCUUAUUGGCCGAAAAAUCAUCCAAUGUUUGAUGCAAGAAUCAAUAUGUAUCCAAUUGGGAAUUUAAAAAAUCUCGAGAGGUUACAUAUUUCUAGUGAUUAUGGUGUUAGAGAUGAAUUUUUGAUUAAUCUUUGUAAUAAUGCUAAAAAAUUAAAGUAUUUACAAAUAACUGGCACAAGUAUAACUGAUAUUGGUAUGAGUGCAAUUAAUAAUUCAGAAGAAUUAAGAGAGUUCGAUCUUGGUUUAAUUCUCGAAGGUCCGCCAUCAAAAAAAAAUGAAUUUAUCACUGAUGAGUCAAUUCAAUGUUUAUUUAAUCAAAAAUUGUACUCCUUGGAUAUAUCAAAUUGCAUUAAAAUCACUGAUAAAGGGGUAAUUAAACUUGUUGAAAAUUUGCCAGAUUUAGAUCUUUUAUUUAUUAAGAACACAAAAGUAACUCGUGCAGCUGUCAAAAAAAUAUACGAAUUAUCAAAACAUCGUAAAAAUUCAAUGAGGGUAUUGCAUUCAAUAUUGGCAUAAAUAUUAAAACUGAUACUAUUUUCAAUAUUAUCAAAUAAUAAGUAACCCAACUGGCAGGACCAAAUGAUAGGGUUCAUCAUUAAUAGUAUAUAUAAUAAAAUUGUUUUAGUUUAAAUAUUUACUUGCAAUUUAUUUAUUUUUAUUAAUUUGUUAUUUCUUGUCUUGAAAAUAAUUUAAAAUAAAAAAAUAAUAUAUUUCUAUUAUUUAUCAUUUAAUUAAUUAUAAUAAAUAAUCACGAAGGCAAUAAAAAAACAUAAAUAAAUAAAAUUUAAAAUGCCAAAAAAAAUAAAUCAAAAGAAGGUAAAUCUAAGAGUAAAUGAAAUAAUGCUCAAUGGCAGCUUUAUCUGGGGGUACUGCUGGUUUACUUGGUUUAACUGGUCUAUAUGAAUUUGAAUUUAUCUAUUUGCUGUUUUUAGUUUAUGGGCAAUAUAAUAUCUAUCAUUAAACAAUUAAAUUUAUAUUAUUCAUAAUUUUAUUUUAACUUAAAAAUUGUUAUUUAUUUAUUUUUUCCUUUUUUAUACAAGUUGUUUUAUAAAUUAAAUGCUGUUUUUUUCAAUUCACAUUUGAUGUUUUUAUGAAGUUUGCAAUAUUUAAAAAAAAUUGAUUAUAAAUUAUUAAUAAAAUUUAAAUAAAAAAAAAAAAGAUUAAUAAAAUUUUGAGAUAGUUGUGUACAAAAAUAUUGAUAAUCUUUUUGUUUUUUUUUUAUAUUGUAUUUUGUAUUAUAAUAAUAAUCAAUGUGUUGGCAUUCUUCUGUACCAAAAACGAGCACGAAAAUCAUCACUACAUGUGAGAAAUGCUGGUGCAACUGGUGAAUGUACAAUAAGUCGAACAGGUCCAUUGUGACCAAGUGAAAGAAGUGAUUUUCUUUGUGCAUUACGUGAAUUCCAUGCACAUAAAGAUGUUGUUGCUUCAUCAGGAAACAUAACAUAAUCUUCAGUAUGAUUAAAAACAGCUUGUGCUUUGUGUUCUUGUUUUCCUAUAAAAAUAAAAAAUAAAAAAAUCAAUAUAAUCAAGUACCAAAUAGAUAAUUUUAUAUAAUUAAUAAUUACCAGUUGUUCCAGCUCCAGUAUAAGCAAUUAAACAUCUGCUAGUUGAAAGUUCCCACAAUUUAAUAUUGGAAUCUUUUCCAGAUGACAAUAAAUACUAAAAAGAUAAUAAUAAUAAUUUAAUUUUUACUAUGUAUUAAUAAAUUAGUAUUUAUAAAUUAGUUUAAAUAAAACAAACCUUUCCAUUUCUUGUAAAUGCAACUGAACAAAUUUC